UUACGGGUCGAUUAUUUUCACGGUUAAUUGAUCAUGAGGCACACUGUCACGAUUAUUCGAUGUUGCAAAAUAAUCCACCGACUGGAAUAGCAAUUUUGUUGGUGAGAAACAGUUGACACAUUUUCCAAGUUCAAUUAACUCGCUUGGUAUGAUUUAAUUAGCAAUUAAUUAUGGACGUCAGGUGUAUUAAUGAUUUAUCCUAUUUGAAUACAGCUCUCGAGGUGUGGAAUGACAACAAUGCUGGACGAUUGUGAGAGAUGGAAAAAUAGGGAACAAUCUUGGGGAGGAGACGACUGGUUAUUUCCACACUCCGGUGCAAAACCACAACAUCGAGUUUUCGCUUUCGCCCCCGCGCACGUACACUCCAGCCUACGUUUGCAACAAGAUUCCUUUUUUGGUGGUUCAACGGAGUCCCCCGUACCUAGAUUACGAGGUAAAUUUUCCCCCUCUGGAAGUCACCAUGAUCUCAAACUUCUCCCGACAAAAAUAUGUGUACGAUCAGCUCGUGAUAUCCAUUCCCUUCGGAUUUCAUUCUCGCAAGUGGAGUAGCCGUUUCUUUGUGAUACACCCGUUAUGGACACGCGGAUCACCUUCGCGAGCUGCGUACCCGGUUCUUUUAUUAUGGAGGCGGAGAACGGACGGAUUUCUCCAGAUGUGUUUAUGUCCUUUGAGAAAUCAUUGAUUUUUAUGCAGAUGAUGUCCCCAGGGAGAAUCGGUGGAGCUGCAUUGGGAGCGUUCAACAGGAAAAUGAUGAAACUGAUUGGUGAGAGGAGAUUAAUUCUGGAGGAAAAAACCUGAAUGAGUGAAAUGGCUCGCAAGACCCUACGUCUCCAACACGACGUUUGAGCGUGAAAAAUAUGUUGAGAGCAAUCAAAAGGAUGGGGUGAGAACGAUAACGCUGUGCCACGCGGCCACGAGAAAUUCCCUGUCCCUGGAGAUGAUGAAGAUCCUUCUCUGGAAUUUAACGCGGGAUGUGGAGAGUGAGAGCUUAAGGUCGAUUGUGAUUUCCGCAGCUCCUGGGAAGGUCUUCUCAGCUGGUCACAACCUCAAAGAGUUAGCUUCAAGUACAGGUAGUGAACAUCACAAAGAGGUGUUUCAAACUGCUGCAGCACUGAUGCAGACAAUAGCCACUGCACCGGUUCCUGUAAUCGCUGCUGUCGAUGGUCUUGCGGCUGCUGCUGGUUGUCAAUUGGUCAGUGCCUGUGAUAUCGUUAUCUGCACGGAGAAGAGUAGUUUUUCCACCCCAGGCGCUAAUUUCGGAAUUUUUUGUUCAACACCGGGCAUCCCCUUGGUGCGAAAUGUCCCGAGAAAAGUCGCAGCUCACAUGUUGUUUACGGGUCUGCCCAUCUCUGCACACGAAGCGUACAACGCUGGACUCGUCAGCAAAGUUGUUAAUAACGAUCAAUUAGGGUGUUGCAAAAUGGCUGCUGUACCCCAGGGUGCUUUUGCUGUUCGUAAAGUGCGAGAGACUCACCAACGGAAUGUCUUAUUUGUCAAGAUGACCAAGAAGGAAGGGGAUGAUCGAGAUUGCCGUGGUGGUGGUUUCAAGAAAAAUUUGACUGAAGGUCGUGAAUUGACUCCCCUGAAGUACAACAGUAAAUUAAUGAACAGUAUCUGGGGGCUUUACAACCGUUACUCAGUUCACAAUUUUAAGAAAAAUACUGAUCCUGAGGGUAACAACGAGACAACAGUGUUCACGGCGGCCUGGGGAAGCUUCUUCGAGGGUGAUACAUCAGCAGCUGGGACAUCCGCCGAAGUCGUGGGAAAUGCCGCCGUGAAACACUGAUAAGGUGAUGACUCAUCACCGAAAAUUCAUUAGUUGAGAGACUAGUGAGGACAUGGAGGAGAGAUAUUUUUGUAUUUUUCGUGGCUUAGCUCGAUGUACCUUAUUUCAUGUGAUAAUAAAUAAUAAUAAAAAUAA